GAAAAUACAAAUUGUGGUAUCGUCAGACGUAUACUGUAUAACUGAUAUGAAAGAAUAAUUAACAUACGUCACAAAUUUGUUUUUCAGAUGCCUUCUUCUUCGAGUAGCUCAACUUAUACGAAUACUGAAAAUAGCAGCUUUAUGGGUGCAGAAAAUAGUAGCUCGAGCGGUGACGACGAGCCAUCGAAAAAACGAAGAAAGGAAAGUAAUCAGUUUGGUGAAAUGCAGCAGGAAUUCUCUUUAUUUAAAGCAAUGAUUCAAAAAAAGAAAAACUCCCGAAAAUACGCCUGGUUGGGAACUUUGGUUGCAAAUCAAAUGGAGGAAAUAGACCAUGACCAACAACAAAGCGCUGCUUGGGAAAUACAGACGAUUAUAAAAAGAUAUAUUGAUGAAUCCAAUCAUCGCACUCCUGAAUCAUUAGCAACAUCAUCAUCAUCAGACAAGGACUUACUGCAGCUGUCCAUGGUUGAAGUUUUAGACAAGGAUGAUUUUUGCUAGUAAAGUAGACACUUAAGCGCCAAAAAAGUGAUACUGCGUGUAAAGCCACCAAAUCUGAAAACCGAAAUGCCUACGAAAUAUAAGACUGUGUUUCCUAUAAUAUUUAAGUUAAGUCGAAGAAAUUUAAAAAUCAA